UGGCCCAAAGCUGGCGAUUUCUUCAUUCUGGAACUAUCUCACCAGUUUGGUUGGUAUCUGCCCAGCGGACACGUCCUCUUUUCGUUUGGGAACGCUUGCCAUCGACGUCUCGUGUCAUUGCUAGAGGUUCAGCAUCGUCGCUGUGCAACAUGCCAACUCUGCGCUAUAUAGACAUCGGUGUGAACUUGACCGAUCCGAUAUUCCAUGGUCUAUAUGGGGGCAAACAAGCACACGAAGACGAUUUCAUCAACGUCACUUCUCGUGCGGAUGCGGCUGGUGUCAAAGGGAUGAUGAUAACCGGUGGGAGCUUGUACGAAGCACGAGAAGCGGUGGACUUGGCGAACCGUUUGGGCGAAGGUGUGUAUGCUACGGCUGGCGUGCAUCCGACGCGGACAUCUCAGCUAGACGCCUAUCAUUCCGGACCAGCAGCCUAUCUCGCUCUCUUGGAUGAGCUGAUCGAACAGAAUUCCAAGCCGAAGGGUAAGGGUAGGAUUGUUGCUUACGGCGAGUGCGGGUUAGACUACGAUCGCCUGCAUUUUGCAAGCGCUGAGACGCAGAGGAAACACUUCUUCACUCAGCUGAAAAUGGCGCAAACCCACAGUCUUCCGUUAUUCCUGCAUUCUCGUUCUGCUCAUCGAGACUUUACCUCGAUAUGUCGUGGAGCGGGCUAUGAGAAGGACGGCGGACGCCGCAAUGGGGGCAUGGGCGGUGUAGUUCACAGUUUCACUGGCACUGAAGCUGAAAUGAAGGAAUUGGUAGAAAUGGGUUUCUACAUUGGUCUCAAUGGAUGCUCGCUUAAGACUGAGGAGAAUCUUGCCGUUGCCAGAGCGGUUCCCUUGGAUCGUCUCAUGCUGGAGACUGACGCGCCCUGGUGCAGCAUUACCUCUACCCAUGCAUCCCACUCACACUUGAAAACUCUGCCUUCUGAUCUCAACCAGUUGUAUUUCCCAGACUCGUGCAAGAAGGAGAAAUUCGUUAUGGGCAAGACGGUGAAGGGCAGGAACGAGCCCUGCGCCAUAGGGGGAGUCGCGUGGAUUAUCGCACAGGCGAAGGGUGUUGCAAUUGAGGAGGUCGCGGAGCAUGCUUGGAGAAAUACUAUCAAACUAUUCGAUUUGCAGGAAUUGGACAAGUCACUGGAAUGA